CAACCCUCCCUUCCCCGACCGCCCCCCCCCACCCGCUCACCUUAAAACCAUCGUGCAUCACCAUGGCGAGUUGCUCCUUCGCUCGAGACCAAGCGACAAGGAGACUGAGAGCUGCAGCAGCGGCAACAGCGGCAGCUAUAGCUGCGGUGGCGACCACCCCACUUCUUUCCUCGGGAACCCCGACCGCACUCAUUGGGACCGGGUCGUCCUGUCCGGGAGCCAUGUGGCUCUCCACGGCCACUGGUUCCCGGUCAGACUCCGAGUCCGAUGAGGAGGACCUCCCCGUCGGGGACGAAGUCUGCAAACGCGGAUACCUGCGGAAGCAGAAGCAUGGGCACAGGCGCUACUUCGUGCUCAAACUCGAGACCGCCGACGCCCCAGCUCGGCUGGAAUACUACGAAAAUGCCAGGAAGUUCCGGCACAGUGUCCGCGCCGCGGCGGCUGCAGCAGCGGCGGCCGCCUCUGGCGCCACGGUCCCCGCGCUCAUCCCACCGCGGCGCGUGAUCACCUUGUACCAGUGCUUCUCGGUGAGCCAGCGAGCCGACGCAAGGUACCGACACCUCAUCGCCCUUUUCACCCAGGACGAGUACUUCGCGAUGGUGGCCGAGAACGAGUCGGAGCAAGAGAGCUGGUACUUGCUGCUCAGCCGCCUCAUCCUCGAGAGCAAGCGCCGCCGCUGCGGCACGCCCGGCGCGCAGCCGGAUGGAGAGCCGGCAGCGCUGGCGGCUGCAGCGGCGGCGGAGCCACCCUUCUACAAAGAUGUGUGGCAGGUAAUAGUCAAACCCAGGGGGCUGGGGCACAGAAAAGAGCUGAGCGGCGUGUUCCGGCUCUGUCUUACCGACGAAGAGGUUGUAUUUGUGAGGCUGAAUACCGAGGUGGCCAGCGUGGUCGUCCAGCUCCUGAGCAUCCGACGCUGCGGGCACUCGGAGCAGUAUUUCUUCUUAGAAGUGGGCAGGUCCACCGUCAUCGGUCCGGGGGAGCUCUGGAUGCAGGUCGAUGACUGUGUGGUGGCCCAAAACAUGCAUGAGCUGUUUUUGGAGAAGAUGAGAGCCUUGUGUGCAGACGAAUACAGAGCCCGCUGCCGCAGCUACAGCAUCAGCAUCGGCGCCCACCUGUUAACCCUGCUGUCCGCUAGGAGGCACCUGGACAUGCUGCCGCUGGAGCCCGGCGGCUGGCUCAGAAGGUCCCGCUUUGAGCAGUUUUGCCACCUCAGGGCCAUUGGUGACGGGGAAGACGAGAUGCUCCUCACCAGGCGCUACAUAACACCCAGCGAGCCUGUACCCCCCUCGAGGCGGGGAAGACUGCACCUGCCCCGAGCGCGCAGGUCCAGGAGAGCAGUUUCGGUGCCAGCCAGCUUUUUUCGCCGCUUAGCACCCAGCCCGGUGCGUGCCCCGCACCCUGCAGAAGCCUCCAACGAUGGAGCUUGCCUGUCUUCUGAAGCAUCUGGUUGUGGCUCUGGCAACUCUGGGGAAGAAGGCAGUCCUGAGGGUAAAGAGGGUCAGGAAGGAAAUGGAGGCGACUACAUGCCCAUGAACAGCUGGGGCUCGGGAAAUGGCCGGGGCUCAGGCGGUGGCCAGGGCUCAAGUGGCCAAGGCUCCAGUAGCCAGAGCUCAGAAGGAAACCAGUGCUCAGGGGGAGGGCAGGGCUCCAGAGGUGGCCAGGGCUCAAGUGGCAGCCAGGGCUCAGGGGGCCACGGUGCAGGAGGAAACCAGUGCUCAGGAGAUGGCCAAGGCACCACAGGUGGUCAUGGCUCAGGUGGUGGCCAGGGAGCUGGAGGUGGUCACGGCUCAGGCAGUGGCCAGGGACCUGGGGAUGGCCAUGGCUCAGGCAGUGGCAAGAACUCUGGAGGGGGCAAAGGCUCAGGAAGUGGGAAAGGCUCUGAUGGCAAUGGUGAACGUGGAAAAUCUCUGAAGAAAAGAUCCUACUUUGGCAAAUUAACUCAAAGUAAGCAACAGCAAAUGCCACCACCUCCACCUCCACCUCCGCCAGCUGGAGCAACUGGUGGAAAAGGCAAGUCUGGGGGAAGGUUCCGACUUUAUUUUUGUGCUGACAGAGGAGCCACAAAAGAACGCAAAGAAGCCAAAGAAGUCAAAGAGGCAGAGACCCUAGAGGGUGCAACUCGGGGUCCCCACAGAGUCAGAGCUUUUGAUGAAGAUGAGGAUGACCCAUACGUGCCAAUGAGGCCAGGGGUGGCUGCCCCUCUCGCAAGCUCCAGUGAUUAUAUGCCAAUGGCUCCUCAAAACGUCUCUGCUUCAAAGAAGCGCCACUCUCGAUCACCUUUUGAAGAUUCAAGAGGCUACAUGAUGAUGUUUCCCAGGGUGAGCCCACCCUCUGCCCCAAGUCCUCCAAAAGCACCCGAUCCUGAUAAAGAGGAUGACUCAAAGGAUAAUGACAGUGACAGUGACUACAUGUUUAUGGCUCCUGGGGCCGGUGCAAUUCCAAAAAACCCCAGAAAUCCUCAGGGUGGCUCUUCCUCCAAAAGUUGGAGUUCCUACUUCUCUCUGCCAAAUCCUUUUCGGAGCUCCCCACUGGGACAGAGUGACCACAGUGAGUAUGUUCCAAUGUUACCUGGAAAAUUACUGGGGAAGGGCCUGGACAAAGAAGCCUCAUCUAAGGGAGGCCCCAAAGAUGCAGCUUUAACGCCUUCAGUUGAGGGGUCGUUCUCAAAGCCUGGUGAUGGGGGUUUACCUUCAAAGCCUUCAGAUGAGGGGCCCCCCAAGAUCAAGGCUAAGAGACCUAACCGACUUUCUUUUAUUACAAAAGGAAAUAAAAUCAAGCCAAAACCACAAAAGCUCACACGUGAGCGGAGACAAGCUGACAGCUCUAGUGACUACGUCAACAUUGACUUCACUAAAAGAGACAGCAAUACGCCAGCACCCUCUACUCAAGGACUGCCAGAUUUGUGGGGCAUAAUUGCCAACCCCAGACAGUCAGCCUUUUCCAAUUAUGUGAAUGUUGAGUUCGGAGUGCCAUUUCCAAAUCCAGCAAACAACCUCUCAGAUCUUUUAAGAGCUAUUCCAGGUGCCAGCCCCCUCUCUCUGGACGGUGCUAGGUGGCCACUUCCGCCUCUUCCUCCCAGUGCUACAGGGAGCAAUGCUCAUGAGGAAGAGGGUGACUACAUUGAAGUGAUUUUCAACCCAGCAAUGACACCAGCCGUGCCUUUUGCUGACAGUGCCAUUCGCUAUGAUGCUGAAACAGGUCGAAUCUAUGUGGUCGACCCAUUUUCUGAGUGCUGUAUGGACAUUUCUCUCUCUCCCAGCCGAUGCUCUGAACCACCACCUGUAGCGAGGCUGCUGCAGGAAGAAGAGCUAGAGAGAAGACGCCCGCAAAGCCGUUCGCAAAGUUUCUUUGCAUCCGCCAGAGCCGCGGUCUCAGCUUUCCCAACCGACAGUCUCGAGAGAGAUCUCUCCGCCUCCGUAGCCUCGGCCACCGCUUCGGCCGCCGCGCCAAACUUAGCCGUGGGCCGGGCUUUAGCCGCCGCCUCCGCCCUCGCCGCGGCCCCGGGCAUCGGCGCAGCCGCCGCCGGCUUCGAGGCCGCCGCUGGAUUUGACUCCGCCUCCGUCCGCUGGUUCCAACCUGUUGCUAAUGCUGCUGAUGCUGAAGCAGUAACGGGGGCCCAAGAUGUUGCCAGUGGCUCGAACCCUAGAGCCCAAAACCCAUCUGCAGACCUUGCCGGUGGUGAGAAUGGGACCGGCGAGGCUGCCGCUGCAGCUGCCGUUCCCCCACCACCACCACCUCGCCGCCGGGUGCUGAGACCCCCGGAGCGAGAAGAUUCUGACGACGACGACACGUACGUGAGAAUGGACUUUGCCAGACCUGACAACAAGAAGUUCGACUCUCCCCAAAGAGAGUGAUUACAUUGCCACAAAAACACAUUUUAGAAGAAAAGUGAUGCUUAUGGAAUUUCAUCUUUGUCUACUCCAGAUCUGCCUAAAAGAAAGAAAAUUCAGAGGCUUCUGAAUAGAAAGCGACCUGAAUUUCUAAAAGCCUACAAGUGAAUGCUGGCAGUUGAAUGAUCCUAACACAGAUCAUUCUUACUGCAGCCUUAUGGAUCCAGUGAUUUUGAAUUAAGAAAUUCACGCUGUGUUUUUGUUUUCUGGUUUCCUUCCUCAAUCUAUCUCUUUGAAAAGAAACAAGUACUAUAAUAGUGAGCGUCUCAUAACUCUUUCUUUUCUCUCUUAAAAAAAAUGUUAUUUACAUAUGUGUGUAUGUGGCCAAUACCAAUUUUACUGAUGUAUAAUACUUAGAUUUAGUUUUGAAGUUGAAAAUCCUUUAAACAAAAGCAGAUAAAGGAAAAAGUUAUGUUCAUGAGAAGGUAGGUAUGGUCUGAAAUCGUUUUUUUCUGAGUAGUACAUACACGAAAACAUUUCUUGAUCAAGGAAUUAAUUGUCAACUGAACUGAUAUAUUGAUGGGACAUUUCCAGUAUUUUAAAGGCAGGACCAAAGGGCAGAUUAGCUCAAUAUUUGUUCAUUAAUAAAACUGCAAGAUUCUGUCCUCAUUAAACGUCAACUAAACUGAUAUCUUGAUUGAGCAUUUCCAACAUUUUAAGGGCAGAACUGAGGAAUAGAUUAUCUAUUUCUUCAUAUACAACACUGUGAUGUUCUGCUUGCAAAUCAAUUGAGCAUUUCUAAAACCAUUAUUAUUUUUUUAAUUUUGAAACCUGCAUUUUCCCCCUAAAAGAAGCAAAGUUCUUCAAAAGUCUCCUCACAAAGCCCCUCUCUGCCUCUCUGGGCCUCCUCUC